AAACUCAGACACACCCCUCCUGCUGCUGUAUAAGUCUCUAGUCUCACUUUUUCAUCCUUUUCACUUCUCAGGAGCCCUCUCCUUUCUACUUGUGAUCCCGGAGGUGAAGCAAAAGGACGGGAGUCAGGCAAAAAAAAGAAAAGCCACAAUGACAUCUCCAUCAGAUGAUUUUGAGGUCCUAGUGAAAGGGCUGAACAGUUGGAAUCUCCCCAAAGGCCCUAUCCCUUGUGAACUGCUGCUGGUGGGUGAAGCUGCCUUCCCAGUACUGGUGAAUAAGAAUGGUCAGGUCCUUAUUGCUGCCUCGCGUUAUGGCCAGGGCCGAAUGGUGGUCAUGUCCCAUGAAGGCUACCUGCAAGAUAGCAUGUUGGCUCAGUUUCUUUGCAAUGCUGUGGGCUGGCUCAACCUCAGCCCAGGAGCUGCUGUUGGAGUGCACACAUCUGUGGAAUCUCUCACUGGCAUUCUCUGUGACUCUGGGAUGAAGGUGCAGACCACGGAUGGCCUUCAGAACUCCUUAGGAGUUUACUGCAUCAAUGCCUAUAACAGUUCCUUGGCCAAAGAGAUGAUUCAAUUUGUGAAAAAUGGUGGGGGCUUACUCACUGGGGGCCAAGCCUGGUAUUGGGCCAGUCAACAUGGACGUGACAAGGUUUUGUCCAGCUUCCCUGGAAAUCAGGUGACCAGUGUAGCUGGUGUAUACUUCACAGAUACCUAUGGCGGCACAGAUUUCCUCAAGGUCUCUAAGAAAGUACCUAAAAUUCCACUUACAGUCAGCUUUGGGGAGGACCUCUCUCAGGACCAACAGCAACUCCUGGAUGGCAUCACAGAACUGGAUAUUAAUACUGGUGGACUGCCUUCUCAGCUUCUGGUGCAUGGGGCCUUGGCCUUCCCUCUCGGGCUAGACUCUUCCUUGGGCUGCUUCCUGGCAGCUGCUCGCUAUGGCCGGGGUCGCGUGGUGCUUGCUGCUCAUGAGGGCAUGCUCUGCGCCCCCACGCUGCGCCCUUUUCUGUGCAAUGCUAUUACCUGGCUGGCAGGAGGGCAAAUGGGCACAAUUGGGGUUAACUCUAAUGUUAAAAAACUGUACUCACUGGUAUCUGAAAGAGGCCUGAAAUGCACCAUAGAAUCCCACCUAACCGCUGGUUUAAGUGUUUACUGCUGUUCAGCUUACAGUGACCAAGAGGCAAGGAAGCUCCAUGAGUUUGUGGCAGAGGGUGGAGGGUUACUGAUUGGUGGCCAAGCCUGGUGGUGGGCCUCUCAGAAUCCUGGCAAGACUGCUGUGGCUGAUUAUCCUGGAAACCACAUCCUCAACCCCUUUGGCCUUAGCAUCCUAGGUUGUAGUCUAAAAAGUGGCCGGUUUCCUGUCCUUGUGCCUGGUAAAGGAAACUAUCACUUCCGCUCAGCAUUGUCUCAGUUCCAGCAUGAAGUAAAAGGAAGCAAGGUCUUGGCAGAAGGCUGGCAGUCGAAGCUAGGAAAGGACUGUAAAGCCUUCCUGAAGAUUCCUGCGGAAGGAAUCCCUGCCUAUGCCUCCCUACAUAGAUUCCUGAGGAAGGUGCUCAAACAAACUGGCCUCCCCCACGUCAGCCAGGACCACCCUGUGCACAGCAAUUCCUGUGAGGCCACCCUGCUCCAUAUGGCCACUGAGCUUGCUCAAAAUGGGACUGAUUGCUUUUCACUGAUCCGCAGAGCUAGUAAUGGGACUUGCCCAUCCCAGCUGUACUCCCCAGGACCUCCCGUCACCAUGGAGAUCAAUGGUACUAGUCCAGAUGCUACUGUGUGGGUGAGCACUGGACUCUACCUCCCUGGAGGCUUUACUGCAAACAUCAUGAUGCCUUGUGCUGCCACUGCUGGCCUACAGGUACAAAUUGGCUGUCACUCUGAUGAUCUCAGUGGGGCCAAGAAGCUUUGCCGAGCACCUGUGGUGAUUCACCGAUGCUGCCUGAACAGACCAGAGCUGUCAGUCUCCUCCCUCUGGGGGGGCCUCAUCUAUGUACUUGUACCUAAGAACAGUAACCUGGGUCCUGUGUCAAUCACCAUCACUGGAGCUGUGCCUGCUCCUUACUUCAAGCUGGGGGAGACAUCUCUGGAGGAGUGGAAAAGCUCCAUCCGCCACUACCCAGUGCCCUGGGGGGAGUUGGCAACAGACAAUAUCAUCUUCACAGUGCCAUCUGAACAUCUUCAAGACCUGGAAGACCCAGAGCCAUUGCUUCAUCUCUGGGAUGAGAUGAUGGGAGCCGUGGCCAGGCUUGCAUCAAUAAGCUUCCCUUUCCCUCGGCCUGAGAGGAUCGUGGCUGAUGUACAGAUCUCAGCUGGCUGGAUGCAUUCAGGAUACCCCGUCAUGUGCCACAAGAAGGCAGCGGGGGAAUUAGUCAAUGAGAAGAAAAUAAGGUCUAAUGGCAUCUGGGGCCCCAUCCAUGAGCUAGGCCACAACCAGCAACGGCAGGUCUGGGAGUUCCCCCCACAUACAACUGAGGCUACCUGCAACUUGUGGUCUGUCUAUGUACAUGAGAUGGUGCUGGGCAUCCACCGGAGCCAGGCCCACCCUGCACUGACUCCCUCACAUAGGGAGACCAGGGUACAAGAAUACCUGAGAAAAGGGGCUCCCCUAAAAGAAUGGAGUGUUUGGACAGCACUGGAGACUUAUCUGCAGCUACAGGAGGCCUUUGGCUGGGAGCCUUUCACCCAGCUCUUCACUGAAUACCAGACAUUAUCUAGGGUGCCCAAUGACAAUGCUGGCAAGAUGAACCUGUGGGUGAAAAAGUUCUCUCACCAAGUGCAGAGGAAUCUGACUCCUUUCUUCCAGACCUGGGGCUGGCCUGUCAAGGAGGAGGUGGCUGCUUCCCUGGCCUGCCUGCCUGAGUGGCAAGAGAACCCCAUGAAUGUCUACCUUCUCAUGAACAAUUAAGGGAUUGGGCAGGCCCAGUGCACCUGUGGACAGGAUAUAUCUCCAUCUCCAAAACUCACCUAU